CACGUUAUAGUUGCGUUGAUACUGUAAAUACUAUUCGUGAGCCUAUGUAAUAAGUCUUUAGCUUUAGUCUCAUCAGUUUGAGCCAUAUCUGCUUCAUUAUCUUAAAGUUGAUUAAUGAUUUCUAUCUGCUUUGAGCGAAAGGUUUUGAGAUCAUCAGAAUAUACACCCGCCUGUACUCCGUUGUCCAUUUUGGAUACGUUGGUAUAGAUAAACAUUGUAUCUUUUAUAAUUAAGACUCGAUUGUCGGAAAAUGCCAAGAAGUAACCUUGCGUUAUGUGAAAAUUUUCAUUCGGACCUUCUAAAAUAGGUCUGGACCUCUGAGAUGGUCGGGUUCUAUAAUUUAGACUCGGAUUUUCGAAAAAUAACAGCUUCCACUUUCCAGACAAAGUUUUUAAAACGGAAAGGAGUCACUGUUCAACAAUAAUCCUUCCAUUGUUGAGCUUUAGAAGAUUCUAGGCAGCAAUUAUUCACCAAAAAAUAAGUUACGGUCUUUACUCUAAUUGGUGCUGGUCUAAAUUUUCAUCACUUUGGAAUAUAAACAAGUUUUCCUACCAAAUUUGAAAGCUAGUCUUAACCACCGCCUUAUCCACAUAAGUAAAUUCCACAUUCCAACAAAUGACCGACAACGUUACCAUAGCAACCGUGCAACUUGUUGUUUGAUCAAUAUCUUCGAACUGCCAAACUGAAUACCGAACGCAAACAACAGUUCACUUAAUUAGAAAACUCAUCAAAGAAGCAAGAAAAACCGAACGUCCAAAAAAAAUUUCAAACAAAAAAACAGAAAUAACAAAGCUUUGCUGAAAAAUCGAAACACAAAACUAGAAAUGUCGCUUUUCGAAAAUCCUGAAAGCAUACGCAUGCUGCGCGAUUUGCUCACACCCCCCGAGGAGCGAGACAAUUCAGACACCGACGACGAUGAGCCGGUCGCCGGUGACAGCAAGCAGUGCAACAAUUUCACGCCCGCACAUUUUGGCAGCAGCAACGGCAAUGCAGGUGGCAGCAAACAAAAACAAGCGCAACAAGGAGGGCAAACACCCGAACGCAGCGCAUUGCCAACAAGCAUCGAAGAAUGGCAAAAGCAGCAGGAGCAGGAGGACAAUGAGAUUUUAGAGACGCGCCGACGACCCGAGUACAGCAUGACCUAUCGGCAAGCAGUGGGCACGGAGGACCUCUAUCUGCAGAUGGGCAAUCGCACUAAUGCCACGGCCAGUUGUGAGGAUUUGUUGCUGGAGAUACUGCUGCCGGACGAGACGACACCGGCGGAUAAAAUGGAUUUGUCAAUUACCGAAGAUGAAGUGGAUUUGGCGACGCCAAUUUAUCGCCUCAAAUUGCCACUGCCGCACAAGGUGAACGUGGACCGUUGCCGGGCCAAAUAUGUGGCUGAGCUGCGCAAACUCUGUCUGACGUUGCGACUGCAACGUGAAUUCGAUUAUGUGAACUUUUAGAAAGGCCAAGCGCUAAGCUGCUCAACGCUCGAUAGUCGCUGCACUAAAACAACAACAACAGCUGGAAUAACAACAACAACGGUAAAAUGCAAAGUAAAACUAGCAAUGCACUGCAGUGGAUUUGUUCUUCGCUCUAUUUUGUAUGCAAUAAAUUUUAUUGAGCAGCUAAUAAUAGUGUAUUUGUAUAUGUGUGUGUGAGUUGGUGCCUUGUUGUUGCACCAGCUGUGUGGGUUAAAUGAGUGCAUGUGCGGCGCUGUAGGAGAUUAUGUCAUGCAAAUGCGAUUUGCGCUUAAGUUGGCUGCGGCAUUUUGGUGCUAUGCAGUUGCGGUUAAGUCACUACCAAGCGGCCUUGCGGUUUGCGUUAUAAAUAUAAGCGAAUAGUAAGCUACAACCUCUCGAAAAUUUUUGCAAAGGACGGAAACUUAAAAACUACGCUUUCCGUUUAUAUGACAUGCUAUAAAACCUGAAUAAUUAAAUCGGUACAGGAUGGUUCAAAAUUCGCAUAAUUAUAAGAUAGAUCCAAAUUUCGAUAAGAAUACAUUAUAAGAUAGAUCCAAAUUUAAAAUAGAAUACAUUUUCGCAUCGAUAUACAGAAUAGGGUCCCAGAAGCUCUAAAUAUUUUUUGUCAGCUGAAUGUGCGGAACUUUCCUUUUUAUACAAUCCUGGAUUCGAAAUAAAAUAUAAUUAAGUGAGAAGAAGAAGUUUCUGAUAUGUACAAUGGUUGUCAUAUAAAUAACUUUACCCUUUAAUUGGAUUUUUCUUGUCCUUAGAAAGCACACCUGGUCGAAAAGGCAAACAGAAACUACAUAUAACUCUCAGAUUUUGUGUCUGUCCUUUAAAGUCGCUCAUAAAACAAAUAGGUUGUUGUCCUAGCUCAGCAAAGACUCUGUACAUUAUCGUCGAUAUCCGUCCAAUACACAUACAAAUGAGGUAUUAGACAAUGCUUAGCCAGCCAGUCGGCUCAUGAUUUCAGGUCAUUGGUGUCAGACUCGGCGGAACUACAGACGUGAUAUCAUACUCGACUCUUGUUAGUAAGAAGAAAGGACCGUUGGUACUAUGACUUUAAUGAGGGUUUAAAAGGUGAGACAGGACCUGGAGCGGGCUUAUUCUAUAGUAAUCCAUACUCAGUAGAGAGCUUCAAACUAAAUGGCUGCAAUUCAAUCUUUUGGGCCGAAAUGUUUGGCAUUACAUAAGGGUCAAGUGGAAUUCUGCUCUAACCAGAAAGUUCAUAAAUCUGCUAGUGGACAGCCAAGGGAGCUUCUGAUCUAACCAGUCCAUAAAGUACAUAUGUUAGUGGACAUCCAAGCAGCAAACAAGGCACUCCGUAGCCCUAACACUAAGUCUUACUGGGUUUGAUUAUGCAAGCAGGCAAUAACAAGAUCCUCAGUAGAUAAGUAAAUGAGUAUCGCACCGCGACCAAAGGUCUAUUGGCGCAAA